AUGAAACUGUCGUCUCUCGCUUGCAUCUUUGGAAUUUUUCUUUCAAUUCGUACCGGCUCCACUCAACUACGGAAUAUCACUUUGUUCGAACAAGGCAUAGACGACUUGGAUUACUUCGAUCCGUUACUGUACAAUGAAAAUAGUGAUAACACAACACGCAUUGUUGGAGGAAAACCUAUAAGAAUACGACAGGUGCCCUGGCAAAUAGCUUUGUACGACAGUGGUUACUUCAUUUGCGGCGGAUCCAUAAUUAGCAGACAUUGGGUGUUAACUGCUGCUCAUUGUGUUGAAUGGGGAGGCAGUUUCGCUGUACGUGCCGGUUCGCCUCUUUUAGGUCGUGGUGGCCAAAUAAGACGGGCACGCGUAGUCAUCAUGCAUUCCGAAUAUAAUUCAUACACAGCAAAUCUGGAUAUAGCCAUGCUUCGGGUUCGCGAACGAUUUAGAUUUACGGAAUUUGUGAAACCUGUGAAACUUGCACUUUACAAUAGAGUUUUACCUAAAAGAUUGUUUGUCAGUGGCUGGGGUACUCGAAGAGAAGGAGGAUCUGCCUCUAAUCAGCUUAGAGGCGUAACGCUUGAUAGACUUGUGCGCCAAAAAUGCAGAGAACAAUACGCCAAUGAUAUUUACAUCACUAAAUACAUGGUGUGUGCUUCUACCCCAGGAAAGGAUUCGUGCCAAGGCGAUUCGGGUGGGCCAUUGGUGAGUGGUCGAAUUCAAUAUGGGAUUGUCUCCUUUGGCAUUGGAUGUGCGCGUCCCAGAUAUCCAGGUGUCUAUACAAAUAUUCGAAGAUUAAAUCAAUGGAUUAGAAUUGUCAUUAGGCGUUGGGGUGGACAAAUGCCAACUUUUGUUUGA